ACUAAUAGAGACAUUACUAGCCGGCCCGCAUAGCAUUCAGCGCUGAACAGUGAGAAGCAACUAACGCAAUGAGUUCCUCUUGGACCCGUCCGGCAGACGUUUCGCAUCCUCGCGUGUGGCUUUCCUUCGAAGCACGUGACCAAAACGGGCAACAAUUAGUGCGGUACCGGGUUCAGGAUCUGCCGGUCGAUCGUGUCGACGAUGCGAUCGAGCACAUGAAGACGUACUUUCUUCGUCACGAACCGAUGUGCAGCAGUGUUGGGUUGUACAAAGAUCCGGUAGCGCUGGAGGAGUUUACCCGUAUGUGGCAAAACAUCGCCAAGCAGCGAGUCGCGAUCGUUUGCUUCCGAGAGGGGUCCAAUGAAAUCGUCGGUUUGAACAUGCUGACUGUGGUUUCUCGUUCGGAAGCCUCCAAGCUGUUGAAGUUUGAGAGCGCCGGUAUGCAGACGAUGUACGACUCGUACGUGGGGCUGCUGCAGCAAGCCGACUUGUUCGAGCGAUACGGCGUAGAACACUAUCUGUCCGCGUGGGGACUCUCGGUAGCACCCCAUUACCGGGGCCGAGGAAUAGCAACGGAACUGCUGCGCGCGCGGAUUCCACUCUGUCGAGCCAUGGGCCUGCGGUUGACGGUUACGCUGUUUUCUAAUCCCGGCUCUCAGAUUCCGGCCGCCAGGGUUGGAUUCUACGAUGAGAUUGUCGUCACCUACAAGCAGUUGGCCGAGCAGGGAUACGUUUUUCCGGGGGUAAACUACGAGCUUAACAAGCUGAUGUCUAUGAAGGUGGAGUAGCGAACCGGUCGCUGGCAUGUCCCCCUGUAAUAGUGAAUGAAAUAAAAAUUAAAUUUAAAUGCUCCAA